CGAACAACAAAGUGACGUUUUCAGGGUUUUGUUAAAAGUCAGCUUGGUAAAUAACAUCAAGAAGUUUGGGUCAUCGAUAUAGAUAUAAUAUAUAGAUAAAUCAGCGCUGAAAUGACUGAAGUAAUAUAGAAAUCGGUGAUACUCGAUCAAUAUGGAGUCUUUAGCUGAGAUUAAAAGCAACAUCAAGUCGGAAAACAAAUUUGUAAGCACACGAUCUUACAAGACCGCAAAAACUACAUGAAACAAGCACAAAAGGGAAGCAAAUUCAUUACAAAUAAACCGUUUUGGCGAUUUUGUGAUUUGAGGUUAAAAUGAAGCUGUAUUUUUCGAAAACUUUAAAGUUAUUUUUGUUUUGCAAUAAUUGGUACGCUCUGUGGUUAUAUAGUCGGCAGCCGGUCGAGGUUCUCAAAUGACUGAAUGAUAUUUUUCUGAAAAUUUAACAAGUUGAGAGAACCUAUACGAUCAAAACUAUUUUAUGUCGACGUGGAACUACUAAGCGAUCCCGAAGUGACGCAUAAGUCUAAGAGAUAUAAAUCGCAGGGCUCAGAGUGUUGCAGAUGUAGACACAUCACUUCAGGAAAUUGCGUGAGGUUGACUCAAAUAACUAAACUACCAGCAGUCGGAAAUGUUUCGAGAGACUUUUGAGUCUUUUUCUUAAAAGAAAUCGAGACAAUCCCAUUCCUUGAAGUAAUUCAUUUAGGCCUGAAUUUUCUCGACCUUCGACCAUCAUACUGCAGACGAAACACUCCUUCUUUUCAGAAAUAGCUACUUGUUGACCAUAAAAACAAUGAAGGAGUGAUGUGAAUACAUUAUGGCGGAAGGUUGUGCUCUCGUGACUACAGCUUUCUUGGCGAUAUUCUUGGCCUCUUUGGGCAAUUUGCCUCCGCACAAUGGCCUCUUCGACCAUUAUUACCAUCGUGCACAAUCAGGAAAGAUCGUUUCUUGGCCACGAGUAUUUUUCAGUACAAAUGUAGACUUUGGUGCUACCGCUGUCGUUACACAUGGUAACUUUCGAAAAUUUAGGAGCCUCCAGCGUUCAAAGUUCCUCUCGAGGCGUUUUAAAUACUAUUCAAAUGCCUCCUGUGCUUUUAACCCAGCUGUUUUCAAGAUCCUACACAGCGGUGAUGUUGAAAUAAAUCCCGGUUACGCACCUAAAGGCACGACACGACCUCGAAGACAGAAUCACAAUUCGAAGUUGAAGGUAUUCUACACAAACGCCAGGAGCAUUGUCAACAAAGUUACCAAAUUACAAUUGCAACUGGCUAAUAGUCAAGCGGAUAUCGUUGUUCUAACUGAGACGCAUUUAGACUGUUCGAUUUCAAGUGAGGAAGAUAUUGGUAGCGAUUAUACUGUCUACCGGAAAGACCGCGCCGGCAAUCGAGCUAGACAUGGCGGUGGUGUUUUGAUCGCGACGAAGAAAGACAUAAUCACCUCAAUACGAGAACACCAAGAUCUACCUUCUGAGUUACUAUUUGUUGAUAUAAUCACAGACGGAGGGAAGAAAUUAACGAUUGGAACAUUUUACAGGCCGCCAAAUAGUGACUUGAAGCCUCUGGAAGACCUUCGGUCAUACCUUUCUUCGAUUACAACCACAGAUCUUCUCAUUACUGGAGAUUUUAACCUAAGCGAGUUUGAUUGGUCUACGAACCAUCCUACUAAAUCAUCUGAGCAUCACUACCUCCUGUCUGAAAUAGUUCAAGACCAUUUCUUGUAUCAAAUGGUUGACGAGCCUACUCGUGGGAACAACAUAUUAGACCUAGUACUAACGACUAACAUCGACCUGAUAAAUAACUUGGAAGUCGGUGAACCAUUCUCCGAUCAUAAUUCAAUAACAUUCAUCGUAAACACUCGCCCCUACCAACAACGGAUCUCAACUAAAGAAAAUUAUGCAUUCAACAAGGCAGACUGGAAUCAUCUAAGAUCUUUGUUCAGUUAUUCACCCUGGUACUUUACAAUAGAACAACAGGACAUAAAUGCUAACUGGGAAGCAUGGAAAGAUCUUUAUUUUGCAGCGGUAAACGAAAGUAUUCCCAAGUACCGGCAUAGAAGAAAAAACAUCGCUCCAUGGAUUACGAAGGAUUUAAUUAAAUUGUGCAGGAAAAAGAAACACCUUUANACAUCGAUGAAAUUGAGAAGAUACAAAGAAGAGCCUCGCGAAUUGCCUUAG